GAAACCGGGCCAGUGCAACUUCGGCUGCUGCCGGAGCCGCUGCGUCACCGGCAACGACCCGUGCCCGGUCCGCGCCCAAGCGGAGUUGGAGCGCUUGGUCCCCCAGCGUUGGACGUCGAAAUCAGAUGCGCCCCUGCUCCGGCGCGAGGGGUGGGGGCCCGUCCGGCGGCAGAACGCGAAGGUCUUGCUGGACCAGGCAGCCGAGGCGGAUGGGGUCCACCCGUCGCGCAUCGGGAGCCGCUCCCUUCGGAUCGGGGGGGCCACCGCGACGCGCCUUGCGGUGCCAGACCUCGGGCGGCUGAAGCGCUUCGAGCGCUGGAAGUCUAGCGCCUCCCACGCGCGCCUCCGGGAGGCGCGCGAGCCCCAGCAGGGCUUGGCAGAGGCCAUGUCGGCCCAAAACUACCAGCUCACCCUGCGGGGUACCCCCCUCGCGUUUCCCGCGCCGGUGGUCGGCGCCGCGCUUUGA